GGUGGCGCAGCGGGGCGGCAGAGGCCGGGGAAAGUUUCCAGCGUGUCCCUGCCAGGGUGCGAUUCCCUGCGGGGCGGGCUCUGUCCCUGCCGCCGAGCUCACCCCAAUGACUGCAGGGUGAGGCGGUGUUCUCGCUCUGUGCUGCUAGAGCGCCUAGGCAGCCCUCGCACCAAAGUCGUACAGACUUGCCAAGCAAGCUUUGUACUGUGGAUAGACUGGGACAGUGGCACAAGGCACAAUCCUAGUACAGCCCGCACGAUAGAGGUGCGCAUUGUCCAGCAGUGGAGCGGUAGCAGGUGUUUCUGAGUAAACGGAGAUGGCAUUUGUGAAGAGCGGAUGGCUGCUUCGGCAAAGCACUAUUUUACGACGUUGGAAGAAGAAUUGGUUUGACCUGUGGUCUGAUGGCCAUUUGCUGUUCUAUGAUGAUCAGCAUCGCCAUGACAUAGAGGAUAAAAUCCACAUGCGAGUGCACUUAUUAAAUGGAAAUCGUUUGCUUUGUUUUUCUGAACUAGAUUUCCAGCCUCCAGAGGGGAGGUCGAGAGACUGUGUGCUGCAGAUUGUUUGUCGGGAUGGAAAGACGAUCAAUCUCUGUGCAGAAAGUGCAGAUGACUGCUUGGCAUGGAAAAUUGCACUCCAGGAUGCUAGAACAAAUGCAGGUUAUGUUGGUUCUGAAGUGAUGUAUGAUGAAACCGCAAUUUCCUCAGCUCCUCCCCCAUACACAGCGUACGCUACCCCAUCACCGGAGGUUUAUGGCUAUGAGCAGUACAAUGGUGCAUAUCCCCCUCCUGGUCCUCAAGUCAUCUAUGCCUCUAAUGGACAAGCCUAUGCUGUUCCUUAUCAGUAUCCCUACCAAGGACCCUAUGGCCAGCCCCCUGCAAAUCAUGUCAUCAUUCGAGAGCGUUACCGUGACAAUGAUGGAGACCUUGCACUGGGCAUGCUUGCUGGCGCAGCGACCGGAAUGGCCCUGGGAUCGUUGUUCUGGGUCUUCUAGCUUGCCUGGGAUCUUUGUCUUUGUAGCUCCAAAAACCUUUAUUUAUUCUUCCUGUGCAAUAAUAUAUUUUGCAAAGUACUGUUUAUUGUAAAGAUUUUUAAUAAGACAAAUGCAGGAGCACCUUUUUUAGUGUUGACACCUUAAUUAACCCCCUUGUAACCAUCCCAAGAUGAGGGUUUAAAGGUACCAUUUAAUUGAAAUAUGGUUAAAAAGGCACUUGCUAAUUUCAUGUGAGAUUUUUUUAUGAAGCUGGGCUGUCUGACGAAUUUAUAUACCUAUUGAUCAGUGAUUGCAUUGAUACUAAUGCUAAUAUUACAAGCAAAGGAUUAAGUUUUGUCAUUUGUCACCCACCUUAAGACCAGACUGUUAACCAUUUGCUCUGGAAUUUUUGUUAUUGCUAAUCCUUGAGUCUAGUUAGUCCAGCUGUUAACUCCAGCAUGUUACAGUGUAUUGAAGUCAUGUAUUUAGGAAUUUUACGCUAUUGGUGUCACAAAACACUCCUGAAGACAGAUAUGAAGGAUUCUAUUAAUGGUCCCACAGGGUAAUGCUUACUUUUUGGUGGAUGGCACUGAAUUCUCAUAAAUUAAUGUGUAAAUGGGGAGAGUUGUUGCAGUACAUCAGCAGUGGCGUUAGCACAUCCACACCCAUUUUAUAGGACAAAAUCCUCAGCAAGGAAAAACUCCAUUAUAUCUGUGCUAUAAAACGUGAAUUAUUUCAGUACUUGUAUUUGCAACAGAUGUUUCUCUCACUUUACAAGCCUUUUGUUUAACAUGGCCCACAUGACUUUAAGCAGUUAGGUCUCAGACUUAGCAGGCUAAUGAGUUUGGAUGGGAAGAUUUGGGGAUCUGAUCAGAGAGCAGUUAUUUCCCUUUGUCCAGUCACAAAUGCCUUGGUGGGGAAGGGGCUGUUGUGUGUAAGGUCUGCAUCUAUGCUCAACUCUGUUUUGUAUUCUGUCCAGAGAAGAUCACUGAUCAGUCAUCCUUGCAGGACUGGGCCUGGGAGUACCACUAUGUGUUAAAAGG